AUGAGUCUGAAACUCAAAGAGCUUAUUACUUUGUGUGGGGGCACGUGCUGUGACAAACCAUGGGAGCUUGUCAGCUUCAAGAUCGCAUAUACAAUCUUCAUGUCGAAUUCAACAGAAUGGGACGCCGCUCGUCGAUAUGAAGCUAGCAUGAAUGGUGUGCCUGUGCUUGUUGCGGACUGGAUAUUGGAUUCGAUUGCAGAGUUUCGUGUCAAGCCUAUAGAACCGUAUAAAAUCCAACGAAAGCAUUGA